UGUUGCCAAGCCGGGAUAGGUUCUCUCCAUUCCAGUACCGGGGUCGGCUAGGCUCGGGGUGUUAGGUGUUCCGUAGCCAAAACUUGGCGGCAACAACACGCUAUAUCACCGGGAUUUUCCCUCGGAACGGUUCCAAACUAACACUCAGCCUUUGUUCAACACAGGAAAUACGGAAUUGUGAGUUGUUUACAAGCGCCGGGGGCUUCUAGGAGCGGGACUGUGCUGUGAGUUGUAGGGUAACUACCACUACUAUUAUGGCGAUCGGGAGGCAGUGACCGGUACCGGGAACAUAACACGGACUGCCCCAGUAUGGAAUCCCUACUCCUUACCGAGUACGGAGUGUUGUUCGUGAUCAUGUGUGUGCCAGGGAUAUUACCCGUGGUUGGACAGAACACGUCAGGUACGAGGACGUCCACGUUUAAGUGUACAUAUGAGGAAGAACCUACAGUGUUCUGCACACUACAGCCCAACAGCGGAUGGUCAAUCAAGACCACGGGAGAGGUGGACAUUAGCGGGGACCACACCACGAAUAGUACAGAAGGCCAUGUCGCUGUGAUAGAAUCCGACCUGGACAGCGUGUUGACAAUCUCCCCACUCCGUAUCGUGGACAGCGCGGUGGUGAGUGUGCAUUACUACAUGCACAGUAACAGCAUCAAGCCGCCAUACCCCUUCCUGAACGUGUCCGUGCUGUGUGAACCCUCGGACCCGGAGGUAGGCAAGCCCGAGACGCUGACCAGCUAUGAGGGGUCGAGUUGGCGGCGAUGGGCGGAGGCACGGCUGUACGUGUCCCCGGACUCAGGCUGCAAGGUCUUCACGGUACUCAUCAAGGGUAGAAGAGGUGACGGCACCCUGGCUAUCGAUGACGUCCAGCUCAGGGCAGACGAACCAACCCCCUCCAGACUACUGGGCUCCUCCUCCACCACCGUUGAUGACGUCACCAGCUAUACCGUUGAGCCGUUCGUUGAGUCGCCAGACGGCGUCAUGGUGACGUCAUGCUUCUUCAACAACUCGGACGACCCGUUUUGCGGCUGGGAGAACCCUCACCAUGGUAACCUGGUGUGGAUGAGGAGAAGAGGGCAGACCCCGACUACAAAGACGGGACCGAUGGAAGCCAGACCUGAUGGAGACGGGUACUACGUGCACAUCGAAGCGUCCACAGUGAUGAACGAAGACCACGACAACUUCACGGCGAGUCUGUACACGCCCGAGAUCACCCAGACCGACGCCAAGUACAUGUGCGCCAAGUUCUACUACCACAUGUACGGCAAGGACAUCGGCACCUUCAGCGUCUUCAUCCAGUACGGGAUGGACACGUUAACCCGCCGCCUGCUGUACGAGUUGGGGGAGAAGGACCAGCAUUGGUACCGUGCCUCCGUCACCUUCGCGGCAACCUUUCAACCAUUCAGGCUCCUGUUCGAGGCCACAGCGUACCCCGGUAGACAGUUCGGUGACAUCGCGCUGGACGAUGUGGUCAUCAUGACAGGACGGUGUCCGAAAGAAACGGAGCCAACCGAAGCACCUACGUCCGGAGGAGCUCAGAACCACUUCCUACAGCCCACACGGACGGAGACAAUCAUCAUCGCAGCCAUCCUCGGAGGUAUUGUGGUGGUUCUACUGGUGGCAGUGAUAGCGCUGGGAGCACCGCUACUCAUCAAAUCAUUCAAGAGAAGCCGCUGUUACCGGCGGCGGCGAGGAGGAAGACAACAGGGCAAUACGCCGAUGGCAAGGACACAAAGCCAGUCGCCAUUUUCCCGCGAUGAAUUGUGGGGCACAUACUUUUCCCGCCGUUUCCGGAACAGGCCGCCAUCUUACCGAACCUACCAACGCCAGGUGGCCGCGGAGCAGCAACUGCGCAGGAUCAACGCCGCCACCUUAGCCCCGCCCACAGAAGGGGAACCGCCACCGGCCUAUGAUGACGUCUUCAACAGCGCCUACAAUCAGCUGGACGACCCACCCGGAAGCGGAAAGUGAUGACAAACUUUGGAAACCUGUGCCUGAAGAAGGAAAACGCCGGACACUCCCGCGGAAAACGAAGGGGAGGAAAACCAAAAUCCCGACGAAUCACUUGAUAAGCUGGAAGAAAGACUGCAGAAAAAGCCUAAGAGGCGAAGAGCAGUGGACAAAGACACAUUUACUGUAGAUAUAGAAGCCACUAGCGAAGUAGAAGAAGAUGAGGAUGAAAAUGACUCAACUGUGCAAUCUAAUCCUGAGGACACAGAAAACACUCAAGCAGAGGUGGAAAACGAGGACACAGAGUCAUCACAAGUCAUUCAAACUGAGGUGCAAAUCCAAACUGAACCAGUUUCUAAUGAGGAAUCUAGGAACACUUCCGGCGAUAGCUGUCAAUCAUCUGAUGACGUCAGGAUCGUCAUCCGGUUACCGUCGGUUCGCCCCCCUCCCGCAGACGACAGUGAUGGCGGAAUCACCAACGCUGCGUUUGAAGGGGACAACGAAGGAGAAACAGAAUACGAGGAAAUCCAAGUUUCCGACCGCGAAGAAGCAAGAUCUUGCUAGCAUAUUAGCCAACCUCAUGGUGAUAUUCUUAUGAUUGUAUAUAUUGAACGGGUACUGGUGAUAUUUUUCAUUUGCAACUUUUCCUCUUUGUAGUUGUUGAGCAUAGACAUGCCUUAACACGUUUUCUUUUCAAAUACAAAGCGAAAUGAAACAGACAUCUUUCAACGAAUUAAGAAAUAGCUGUGGAAAGGCAAUAGCAACAAAUACUAAUUCAAUCCAUCAUUGAAAAACAUGGCCCAAUGAAAAGGAACUUCCUUUAAUUAAGGGUAAACCCAGUUUCACGUAGACAUUGUUUUCUUUUAGGCCUUGAAUUGUUUUGGUACGACUUUUGCGAGUUUCAUGCUUGUGCAAAUAAUGAAAAGUCAGUGCGCCCUACUAGGUGGCCAUAGAAAAUGCUAAUAGACAUUUGAUAGCAUUAUGUCUAAACCCAUACAAUAAUAGAAAACCGUGCCUUCAUAUAGAACAAAUAGAGCGCUAGAAUACUAUAGAAUAUGUCAUCGUGGUAUUAGGAGGAAAGAAUGUACAGAUUUUUAAACAUAUUCAAAACAGAGAUAUUUCUAUUUCAGAUUAUUAUACGGUGGAAGAUGAUAGUGUAUUGUUUAUGUUCUGUGAGACUGGAUUGUAAUUAGGUACUCUUGGUUCCAUUCUUUCUAUGUAAGCCCCAAAUCUGCAUGUUAGCCUAUACACAAACACAUGUCCCAAAUACGGCCUUUAACUUUGAAAUUUUACAAUCGAUACACAUACAUGUACUGAGGAAAGUGGGGAUUAUCUAUUGACGGAAAAUUUAAGAUUUAUGUAAAAUCUAUUUUAUGUAUCAUAUUUGGUACGCAAGUAUUGCACUUUCCCCCAAGCGGUACUUCUUGGUAUUGCGCUUACUCUUGUGCCUGAAAUUAUCUAAACGGUUUUGUCUAUAGUUGUUUACAUCUUGCUUAUAUGUUGUACUGGGGUUCUGGUGAAGUAAACAUGAUGAACUGCUUUGUUUGAAGCACACACGCACA